GUUUGGCAGUUUGGCAGCGCCGCCCAUCAUCGUCGCAGCCGCACGCACCUUGCUUACACCCUUUGCUAGAUUGAACUUGAUGUCAAAACUUUGUUACUAUUUACUCUAGCAUUUACUUUUCAAUGUUUCCGUGAAAGAUUAAAAUAGAAAUGGCUCCCCAUUCAGUUAUAGUGACUGUGAUAUGCUUUCUAUCGCUGGGCAUAGCUACAGUUGUUGCAGAAUGUAUGAUACCUCUAGUGUUAAGAAAUACUUGGUUUUCAUUCGAAAAUGGAAAACAAACAAUUACAGACAUCAAUGCCAGUGAAAUGACUGGAAGAGGCACAUGUAUCAACAUAAAGUCUGAAUACAGAGUGAACUACACUAUGGUAUUCUCUUACACCAAGUGUUACUAUUGUGUGAAGAUGAUUGUCCGAACAGUGAAUGUGUUGGAGAAGAUAGAGUCUCCUUGUAUUAACUUGGCACCUGAUGAGGAACCCACAGUAGAGAGGGUUUGUCGGGGUCUUAACCCUGAUCAAGGCUUGAUUACUCUGUUUUCUGAGAACUAUGUGCCUGUCAACUGUAGAUCAUCCCUGGAAGGUGUCUGGCAGUUUGCAUAUCAGAAUCGUUUCCGCUUUACCGGCGAAUGCAAUCAUCCUGAUGCUCAGAUCAAGUCCUGUCAGACAGCUGGUACACAGUUCUUGAUAACCAACCAGAAGUUUAAUAUUACAUAUAGGAAAUGUGCAGGCAUGUCUAAUACUUUUGACGGUGUUGUGGAAUACAGCUGUUUAGGUCAUUGGUUCGUAAAUAAGAAUCACUUCUUUGCUGUCGCAAACACAAAGGAAUCUCGAAAGGAUGAGCGGUACAGAUGUUUCCUGAAGAACAGAGAUGAUGACUUAUACAUAGGAGCCUCAAUCACAGCGGAAUGUAAUACAUUGAAGACUGUUGAAAAGUCACCAGAGAGAUAUCAUGUUACGCCGGUUAAGGCUGAAGUAGUAGAACCAGGAUGCAGGCUGCCACAAAACUUCUCGGGAGAUUGGAUCAACACGGCCAAUAUUGAUGCUGACGUUUUUAUAAAUGAGACCCAUAUCAUUGAAACAUAUUAUCCUGAUGAAGGAAGAUUCAGGAAGACUAUUUACGUUUGCAGAGAGCAGCGAGAUAGUCGAGUGAUGAUGGCGCGUCUUACUGUCGACGGUUGCCAAAAAGAUUACGUGUGCUUCGAUUUUGUACCUCAACAUCAUAAUAUUAUAAGGUACCGCAAAGGUUUAGCUAUGAUUCAAAGCAACUUCCACACGGUAUGUUCUUGGGUGCAGUUCAAAAACAAACAGGAAUGGCGUUAUGACAUAUUCUUGAAGAAGGACCCUUCGCCUAUCCGGUGCCCAGUUGCUGGCAAAUUCAACUUCACUCAAAAGGGCGACGUCAAAUUCGAAACGAGAAUAUUGGGUGGUGUCACUUUAAGUCCCAGACCAAACUUGUACUGCAAGUUGAAUCUAAGUGAUUUCUCUGUGUGCGAUAUAGACCAAAAAACUAUACAGAUUAAGGAAAACUAUUGUCUGUCUGUAGACUAUUUGGGUAGACCUGUCGAUAUCUACAGUGAUCCCGACUACAGGAUGAAAUGUAUUGGCUUUUGGAAGGAGAAUCUGAAAUCAUAUCUGAUCACUUAUGAUGAAUUAGAUCCUUUCUCAAAGUACAGAUGUUGGGUGUACCAGCGGGCUGAUCUUAACAGAGUGCUGAUGUCUCAAGCUCUGGGUCCUUAUUGUGAUUUGAAGCAAGACGUGACGUCAUGGAACUACACAGAGGGCGCUGCGGUCGCCAUAGAAAUGGAGGAAUACGAGAGGGAGCGCGAUCAAUGUCCAAUGCACUUCGACGACGGCAGUGACCCGUGGUCGACAAAAGAGAACUUCGUUAAAGUAUUCACUUUCUCGUUUUGGGGAUCAAAUUCUGGUUCAAUCACAGCAUUAAGUACUGUUCUUAUAAAUCUGGUAGCUUUAAUUAUUUUGAUACAGUAAUUAAUAAGUUUAGACUGAUUUAGAUGACAAGAGUUUAUGUGUUCAACAAGCAAUAGAACAUUCGAGUUUUAAAACUCGUCCAGUAUUGUCCAGUUAUGUUUGAUGUCGUGUGUAUAUUUUUGACUUCAGAAAGCUUCUGCCACCUCAUAAAGUAAUAUUUGCUGGUGUAGAAAUAUUAUAUCUUGAUGAGCGUAAGACCGUAAUUUCUCUCUCACUACUGCAAUGAUACUUAUUCUUUAGUAAGUGCAAAAAUAAUACAAUACAUCUCAUUAUUUUAUUACUAUCGAAUCUCACGUAUAUGCCUCUGGAAGGUGUGAAAAAGUAUGACUUGAAAAUAUCAAAGCUACAGAACAGUAUGUUUAAACAAAAUGAUAAUUGCAGCUUUUGGCAACUUUUAACUAUAACAAUUAGUUUAUUUUAUGUAUAUUAGAUCUGAUUGUACAUGUACUUGAUGUUUAUAUUUUAAAUUAGUAUUUUAACAUAGGCUAAGAACAACAAUUUUUAAUGACAUUAUAAAUAUUACAUUUAUUAUCUCUAAUAGUGAUAGUCAGGCCGUCCAUAAAGUACUUAUGUGUAGAUGUUUGGUUGAUACUUGUUUAUUAACCAUAGUGUAUAGUCUCCUUACCAUGAUAUUAAUAGAAAUCUCACUGAUUAAACCUGUUUGCAUUGGGCAUGAGCCUAUGUAAAAAAAAAGUUGUUGUAUGAGAGUAACUAUAUGCAAUUGCAUAUAAACAAUUAUAUCUCAUACAAUUUUUGCAGUCCUAAGUACUGCAAAUAUUUACCACCUUCAAUUUAAGUUAAUGCAAGUAAAUAUGUAUGUCCAUACUACAUUAUUAUGUAUGGUAUUAUAAACAAAUAAGCAUUUAUUUACUUCUAUAUAUUAAAAUUAAAAUACUUUAUAUUUAGAGAAUAUCAAUAUCAAAGUGUAAUUGAUAGCCUUCAAGUGUGCCUUAGACAAGAAAAUAUUUAGUUUUAAUUAUUUGAAUCAUGAAAUGACAUUACUUUUAUUGAGUAAAUAACUUUUAAAUAAAUAUCAAAUCAUAUUUUACACUGUUACCUUGUGUAUUUUACAAUUCCGUCCAAUAAACUGUUUUGCUUUAAAUUGUAUGUUUUUAUAAUUUUCUUUUACACAUCUGAAUAAAAUGUUAUGA